AUGGCGCGCGCGAGACGCCCCGCGCGCGCGCUCGGACGCGUCGCCGUCGUCCUCGCGUGCGCGUGCGCGCGCGCGCGGGGAAGCGCGGCGACGACGGCGGCGGAAGAGCGGUCGUUCUUCAUCGACACGCACGUCACGCGCGACGGCGCGAGGUGCGAGAUCGGGCCGUACGGAUGGUUCUGCGUCCCGUCGACGAUUCAGUACUCGUACACGGUGCAUGACCCGAACACGGUGUACGAGGGAGACGACGUGACGGACGCGGUGGACGCGUGCGAGGCGUGCGAGACGUGCGCGCGGUGCGCGGCGACGAAUCUGACGUGCGCGCGGGCGGAGAGCGCCGGGUGCUUCGGGACGUGUGGGAGCGAGGAGACGAAUGAUGUGUUGACGAAGUGUGGGACGGCGGCGGAGGUGUGUAAAAAUGUACAGUUUGACGUCGUGCGAGCGGAUUUGCGAGAGGAGAUUUCGUACGCGUACGAAUUCUUCGUCAACGAACUGAACGGGAGCGACGCGUGGCAGGGAACGCGGGAGAUGCCGUGGAAGACGCUCGCGCGAGCGGAGCGUAGGGUACGGUUUUUACGCGCGGUGACGGAGGCGAGCGGGCUCGGACGAGCGCUCGUUCGACCGGUGCAGGUGUGGAUUCGUGACGCGUACGCGUCCCCGGGCGCGGACCCGUUAGAUAACGUGAGCAACGGUCGAUACUCGGGCGUGACGUACAGCGAGUAG